CUAAUGCUGGGUGCAGAAUGAUUGUCAUCAUUUCAGUCAUUUUCAUCGCGGAGUCAGUCAAUCAUUGGACGCGACGGAGUGAAGUUGUGUUGUAUUUUGCUAGCGCAGCGAAUUUUCAAAUAUUCGGGCGGGCGUGGUGUGAGAUUGAUUGUAAUAAUUCAAUAUUUGUCGCCGAUAUUUGCCCCAAGAACCCCACUAAAGUGCCACAGGACACUCAAGGAAGGGACUGUGUGUGCCACAUUCGGCAUUCUUUUGGAUUUUGUGUGUUUUUUUGGGGAAAACAUAGCAGGCAGCUGCUUCUUUCCACAGCACUCUGGAAGAGUUUUUCUCGUGAAGUGGUGUCAAAGUUGCGCUCUCUCUCUUUCACACCAACAUUCUCCGAAGGCAUCCGGAAAGAGCCACAGAAGGCAGCCCCCGUUCGUGCCCUUCCCGUGGCCAUCGGGAAGAAAAGCACCUGGUUGUGUGUUGAAGGAACAUUUUGAGAAUAACAAGAAAAGAAGAAGAAGCGAAGAAACUUACAAACAAAAAAGUGACCAAGAUGCAAAUUUCCGAUGGAAUCCGGCAUGUCGGGGAUGGAUGGUUGGAAGUCACAGAGGAGCGCCUCCAGGGACUCAUUGUAAAUGAGCACAUUGAUGAAAUCUACGAUGUGGAGAAGACUCCCUUUGCCAGAGGAAAAUUUGCAGCAGUCCGGAAAGCUGUCCACAGGAAGACAGGGAUGAGUUUUGCAGCCAAAUUCCUACGACGCAGGCGUCGUGCUCAGUCCCAAGCGAAAGAUAUCUGCCAUGAGAUUGCUGUCCUGAUGCUCUGCUCGGAUUCAGAACACAUUGUUAAGUUGCACAGCGUCCAUGAGACACAGUCGGAAAUUGCGCUUAUACUUGAACUAGCGACUGGUGGUGAAUUGCAGGCAAUUCUGGACAAUGUGGGUGAACUGACAGAGUCUCAGGCUCGGACAUGCAUGCGAGAAAUUCUCCGGGCAUUGCAGUAUCUUCACAAAAAGUGCAUUGCCCAUUUGGAUUUAAAGCCACAGAACAUUUUACUCUGCGGCGGCACAGUUGAAGAUGGUCUGAAGUUGUGUGACUUUGGGAUAUCGAGAGUUGUGGAGGAAGGCGGAAAGAUCCGUGAGAUCUUGGGAACGCCCGAUUAUGUGGCGCCAGAGGUGCUAAAUUAUGAACCAUUGUGCCUGGAAACGGAUAUUUGGUCCGUUGGUGUUUUGGCGUAUGUCCUCCUUACGGGAUGCUCCCCAUUUGGGGGUGACACAAAACAAGAAACCUUCCUCAACAUAUCACAGUGUUCCCUGACAUUUCCCGAGGAGCUUUUCGAGGGGGUGUCCGCCGAAGCGAUAGACUUCAUUAGGAGUGCCCUGAGGAUUAAGCCAUGCGACAGGAUGAGUGCAGCACAGUGUUUGGAGCACAAAUGGCUAAAGGAGGAGGCACCAAGUCGAUAUCUCAGUGAUCCCGCCACAGAAGAUGCCGUAGCGACGGAAACGGAUCCCGAAGAGGAGGAGGAUGAUGAGGAAGAGGAUUCCGAAGAUUCGGACACCAGUGAGAAUAAGGAGAAUGUUUCCUGUGCCAGAAAUACAAGCACUGAUCACGAUGCAGUGGUAACGUGCGAGAAAAUCCUCAUAUUGAGUCACCACCAACAGGCCACAUUGUUCCCCGAUGCACCAACGACACCCAAAGUCAGCCGAAAAGCCCCUCCGGAUUCACCGCCAAGCGUCAAGGCGCUCGUGAAGAAGUUCCAGCUGGACAAUCAGGAGGUGAUUGAUGUUUCACCCAAGAGGGAUGCCCACCAGCUAGAUUUACCAACGGAAAGUGUCCCAACAGCUGCUCCAGCAGAUGACUGUUCAGCACGGUGCUCAGUAAUUACGUGCCUCGCAUGUGCGGGACUCUCCGUUUCCGCGUGUCGUCACCACACCAGCCCCACAUCGCGAAAGACCCUUGUGGAUCAGCGAAUAACCUGUUAGCCUGCCACGAAUUGAUGGCGCAUGAGAAAUCCUUUGUGAAUGUUUGAGAGAAAAAUUUCAUGUGUGAGACAGAGUUUGUUUUUUAAAUCAAGAUGUGCCUCAGGGAUGGUUGCAGGGAGGAGGAUGUCAUACCGUUGAAGUUUCAGGAAUGUGCUACAGUCAUCCCUAAAUGGAGUGAAGCACACUCAUAUCGCGUCCAAGACCAUAUCAAUUAAAUCAUUUAUAAAAUGUACUUAACUUUUGAUAGAAAACAAAGGCCAUAUACCAUCGCAAUCUCAGUCAGAAUGCAAGGAAGCAUCCCUAUGGGAAGGUUUAUUAGGCAGUAUGGUGUUAAACACUGGAAAGUUGAGUUAUUUCAAUGAAAUUUUUCUCAAUUUUGUGGCUGAAUUUGGAAUUUUCUUAAAGAAAAAUUUUUGAAUUGAAAAAUUAUCGUUUUCUUUAUGAAAAGGACAUUAGAACUAUAUACAUAAACAACUAAGAAAUAUAAUGUAAUAGUUCCACCGGUUCAAAAAUUUCUGAAAAAUUACAAAAAUAAGAAAUAAAAAUAAUAAAAACUUCGCAAAGAAAUUAAAAGCAAAA